AUGAGGAAGUCCCAUGUUGGCAGUCCCUCGCUCUACGAGGACGGCGAUCAGCGGAAUUCUCCUCAGUCGGAGCUUCGAGCCGCCCAACGCAACCGGGAUCACCCGCCAGCGUCCAGCGGCCGCGGCAGUGCCCAUAGCAAAGAGCAGCAGGCCAGAAAAGGCAAUAAAUCGCCGACCGAUGAAGAUCUGGCUAAAAAGGAUCCAUUGGCACCGUCAAGAAUCGGAAUGGAAGACCGGAUGAAUAUUGACCGUGUCAAGGCAACAUUCCACGGAAACAAGCCAUCUCGAGGCGCUCAAAUUGACGCCGAACUCCGAAGAGAAGAUGAAGAGAGACUACGGCAGAAGGAGGGCAAAUAA